GUUCGGAAUUUUCGAUAGAUCGCCGAUGACGUGCGGUGCGCACGUGCGCUCGUCGCUGCUCGUCGCGCGGAACCGAGUGUGACAUACGCCGCGUAUCGCGUGGAUCGCGCGAUCGAGGGUCGAUCACGGAGGAGCUGUAGACGACGCGGCUUCGGUCGUAACCCUUCUCUUCACGAUCUUUCCCGUCCCUUCUCGCCCCCUCCCGGUCCUCUCCCUCUUCGCCUUCGCAACCGCCACCGCCGCCGCCGCCGCCUUCUCCUCGCACAUCCGAUCCUCCUUCCUCCUCUCUCUCUCGUCGCCGCGGCUUUUCUCGGUCGACCGGUCGACUGGCUUCUCAAGGGGGCGUGCUUGCUCGCCGUACAACAAUGAGCGAACGCGAAACUAUCUAGGCACGAGGCCGCAAACGAAUCCCGUCCUUUCGUGUGUGGCCCGGCCGGCCGCGCUCCGUCGUCGUCGUCGUGGUCGUGGCACUCGAUCGCGAACGAUCGCGGCACGUGAACGCCGAGGUCGCCGAGCCGCGGAAUCCCGCGCGUGUGUGCGUGUGUGUGUGCGUGUGUUGUGUGUAUUUGUGUGGGGGCCCACUCCGCUCUGCGUGUCUACCCAUCGACGACGAUCCGAAGGGAUUAAGGGCCAUCUCUCUCUCUCUGUCUCUUCGCCGAGGAAGCGUUCGGACGCGCGAGAGAGCGUGGUCCCGUUGUGCCUCUCGAAGCCUGUGGCCUGGCCCUCUCUCGUCUCGCCCCGCUACGAGAUAGAAAGAGAAAAAAAGAGUCAUCCGAUGGGACACGUAGCCCUGGAAGCGACCGGGGUGGUUCAGUUAAAUCGUCGUCCGUACCAUGUGCCAUGGCUUCGUCCCUAGGGGGCCCAGGAAUGACGUCGGGCAUCCCGCCGCCGCGAAUAGUCAACCUGGAAUUUCCCCCACCUCCGCCUUACCCGCCGCCCCACAAUCAGAUGUCGUGUAACGCGUUAAUGGAACCGGUAUCGCCGAUGCUGUCACCCAUCGCGAGUUCACGCCAGCAUCUCUUGGAUUAUUCGUAUGCGUACUACCAGUCUGAUUCGGGCCAUUACCAUGCGACGUAUCCGGCAGAGGUGCUGUCGCAGCAGCAGCAGCAGCAGCAACAGCAACAGCAACAAGAGCAGCAGCAGCAGCAACAGCAGCAGCUACGACAAUCUCAGCAACAGUUGCAGCAGAUAAGGUCGGAUCCUUUAAAGAGACACACUUACACAACCUGCUAUGGCACGGAGGAAAACAUUUACGAGGAGAUAUCAGAAAUCAGCAAGCAAUGCCAUCGCGCAUUACACGGAUCGCGAAGGUCGCUCGUGGCAGAGGAGGUGCGUCGCGUACAGUCGCGGCAUCGCCGUGUGCUCGGGGAACUCAAUUUAAGCGUGGAGGCGAUGCUGAUGCCAACCGCGGCCGACAAUAACGAGGAGGAGAUGACGCAGGAGGCUCACGGGACCUCUACCGAGGAGCUGUUGCCUUCGGUCGGUCCCGCUGACGAUCUUCUCUCUCGCGUCGGAUGUGACAUGGACAGCGGUUUCAGCGGGAGCUCCACCGCGAGUUACAGAUCAGGCUUGGGAUCUUUGAGAAGGGGAAUAGUAAGAACGAACGGCCCGGAACCGAUGGGCGUGCUGCGUAAGACAAAAGCCGCUAUGAUAUGGAAGAAAGGCUGGAAAGGUUGGAAAAAACUUCACUCCUUCGGGAGCAGCAACAGCGGCAGUAGCGCCAAGCUCGUUGAUGAGCCUCGUUCAAGAUGCAGAUCGUGGGAUGACGUAGAGCCGGGCAAGAUGGAAGCGGUUAGCGGGAAUUCGCACGCGCAUCAUUCCUCGUUAGAGACCAGCAGAUCCAACACGUCCACGCAGUCCGCCAGAAGCGAGGACUCCUGGUGCUCGGCGUCGGACCACGAUCUCUCCUCCGAUGACGAAAGCGAAAAGAGCAAUAUCAGUAUUAAAAGCAACUGUCAAUUGAGAAACACGUUGCAUAAGGCGCGCACGCUCUGCGACAAGUGGCGGUUUCAGAAUAUGCCGGGGAACAACGUGGACCUCAUGGAGUCCCCGGGGAACCACGGCCGCCUCUCGAGGUGGUUCAGCAUCCGCCGGGGCUCGGCGCAUCACUACGACGUCGACUCCACGGACACGGUGUCUCUGACCAGCCCGGUCAAAACGGCACAAAUGCCGCAGCUCUGCGAGGUCGACGAGGAGAAUAGUGCUAUGGUACAAUUUCAGUGCAUGCAACAGCGAAGACAAGCUCCGCCGACGCUGCCGUCGCCACCCCCGAACCUGACCCCUCAGCAACUGAAACGUAGACAUAUCGUGGCCGCGAUAGUACACUCCGAAAAUAGUUAUGUAUCCACUUUGCAGAGACUGGUAAACGAUUACAAGAAACCGUUGGAGGAAUCCUCGCCGCCUAUAUUGAGUCAAUCCAAAAUUGCGACGUUGUUCCACAGGCUGCCCGAAAUUUUACAAUGCCAUACGCUGUUUAGAAUUGCUCUGGCAGAAUGUGUACGAUCCUGGGACAAGGAUGAAAAGUUGGGGGACGUGUUCGUCGCGAGUUUCAGCAAGGCCAUUGUCCUUGACAUUUACAGCGGCUUCAUAAACAACUUUUCCGUGGCGAUGGAUUUAGCUAAGCAAGAAUCGAAGAGAAAAACCGCACUUGCUGACUUCUUCAAGGUGAAACAAAUAAGCGCUCACGAUAGAUUGUCGUUCUUCGGAUUAAUGGUCAAACCCGUGCAGAGGUUUCCACAAUUUAUCCUGUUUUUACAAGAUUUAUUGAAGCAUACACCGCAAGGACACCAUGACAGAAUGUCGCUGCAAUUAGCAUUAACGCAGCUCGAGAGUUUAGCAGAAAUGCUAAACGAGAGGAAACGAGAGGCGGAACAAUUCCAGGCGUUUAAAGAAAUGUUGCGGCACGUUUCCGGAAAGUUGUCACACCGUCCGCUCUCUUCGACGUCUCGUUAUCUCAUUAGGGAGGACAACGUCACGCAAAUGGAAUUUAAUCAAAAUGGCAUGAUAACGAAAUCCAAGAGAAGAAGGCUAUUGUUAUUGAACGAUUUGGUAGUGUGCGUCUCCGUCACUCCGAGAUCCACGGAGGACUUUUCGGGAAACGAACGGCUAACGUUAAAAUGGACAUACCCGGUGUCAGAUAUCGAGAUUCAAGACACCAGCACUUCUCCGACUUUAAGUCGACUGCUCACCGCUGGCUUGAAUAAGGGCGGCAGUUUAAAAAGCGACAAGAGCGGAGAGUGUGGACAAGCAGCUGACGCGGAUAACCUCUGUGUAGAGAUGAACGAUCUUAUGCACGAUUACGAGGUGAUGUCCAGAAUAAGUGAUUUAGUGGCUCAGUUAAAGGGCAGAUACGAGGGGAUGACGCUUCAGACAACCAAGCAAAUUCUGCAAUCGAUACAAAUGUCGAUACAGCAGAAAGAUGAGGAUAUGGUGUGGGCCGAUAGUUGUUGCCUUCAGCUAGUCACAAAACAAGGUCAAAUGUAUACGUUUCAAACGGAAAGUCCAUUGGUGAAAAAGGAUUGGAUAACGGAGCUUAGAUUAGCGCAAUUGGCUUUGGAUCCUAAUAACUCUCCGUCGUGGGAAGUACCUGAACAAGAGCAGAGACCGUCUACGAAAAUGCCGCUUUUCGUUAGUUCGCAAGCCGUAUAUCAUUCGCAACAUCAGACCGAAGUGCGUUGCGGUUGUUAUUAUUCCGUUGAAAAUUCACGUUCCACGAGACGACGCGGUAGAAGUCAAAAUUAUCUGUGGAUAUGUACGGGAGACGGCAUAUCCAGCCACGUGACGAUUUACGGUCAGUCGACGACGGCCUCGGCGACCUGUUUGAAACGUAUAACCACUUUCGAUCUGGUUGAGACUAGAGUGAGCGCCGUCGAGUUCGUGAAAGGAGUGUCCAGCGAUCUUACCACGCUCGCCAGCGAUCUCGUGUGGAUGGGCACGGAUUCUCGGAGGAUUAUAAUUUACGCCGCGACGGAACCCGAGAAAGAGGAGGAGAUUGGCAGUUACCCCGUCUCGGGACCCAUAAUAGAGAUCAAGUAUCAUUGCGACAACGUCUUCGUAGCUUUGGGCACGGGCUUGUUGCUUCUGUUCAAACGGCAAGUCGACGGCGCGUGGUCUCUGAAGGAUCCCUCCAGCAUAUCGUUGGGUAACGAUCCUGUCUCGUGCUUGAUGCCAAUUAACACGUCAGUUUACGCCGCCUGCGGCAAGAAGGUGUGGGUACUUAACGCUACUUCGGGCGAGAUCACCAAGAGCUUCAGCGCGCAACACGAGCACGUCGGUAAUGUGAAGCUCAUGGCGCAUUCCGGGGUCGGGCUUUGGGUCGCCCUGAAGAACUCGAGCACAGUUUGCCUUUAUCACACGGAAACGUUUAAACACCUGCAGGACAUCAAUAUAGCGUCCAACGUUUUGAGAGUGACGAAAAUGAACAGUCCCGGUAACUCGUGCGGCGGCACGCUCGCCGUUAACAAUCAAACCGCGGUCACGGUCACGGCGCUCUUGGCGUGCAAGGGUCUCCUGUGGGUCGGUACCAAUGUAGGCAUCAGCCUGACCAUUCCACUACCGCGAUUGGAAGGCGUGCCCAUCAUCAGCGGUCGCGUCAAUAUCUCGUAUCACGCCCACUUCGGUCCGAUCACCUUUUUACUGGCGAUACAGAACACGAAGAACACAGUGUGCUCCGCGAAGGAGCGCACCAACGUUGACGACGAGGGUGUACAGUUGCGAGCGAGGGACGCCGAGCAGAGGUCGCGCGACAGAACGAGUCUGGAUUCCUCCGUGUGUAGCAACAUCGUGAAACUGAAGCAACAGCUGACGGGAAGCCCGGUGAUGCUGAGGAGAAAGCGGAGCAAGGAGUACGACUGCCGAGGCUCGAAGACACUUCCCCGAGGAUUGGGCGCCGGCUGCGGACUCCUGUCGAGCUCCUUCUCCAGCUCGCAAAGUUCCGGUGAAAACUGUGACGUUUACGGGCUUUACGGUGAACUGAUGUACGUGAAGGACUACGAGAAUGAGAACAAUUCGGGCAUAGAUCCCAUUUACGAGUCGUUGAGAAGAAGCGAUCCCGAGCUGGCGGCCAUACCAAAUAAAGUGAGUACCUUGGAUCGUAGAUUAAAAAUGAAAAUCACUAGGCCCAGGUCGCUGGACCUCUCCAACUGGUCGGUGGACUCUCACGCCAGCUCGUUGUACACGUCUUCCGGAUCGGAGGAGAACCUGUCUCUAAAAACUGGAAAGUUAUCGCGUAAUAGUAGCAUAGCUAGUCGUAACGGUCCCUACGACCUCUCUACACCUAACAAUAGCGCAGUAGAAUCGGGAUUGGAGGCAACGUCCGCGGCCAAUCUCAAGGCGAACGGCAAGAAGAACGGCAAGGCGGCUCAGCAGGUAGAGCAGCCGAAACGAACGGUGCUAACGCUGAUGGGCGGACGCGGUUAUAUCAAUUGGAGGCAACUCCACGCGCAGUCCGGCAUCGACAAGGGCUCGAAAUCGACCUACGCGUUCAAAGAUCCUAACAGCAACGACGCACAUAUCGUCUUGUGGGAGAUGAAAUUAUGAUAUACGAUCGCGUUUUUAGGUCCGUCGUUACGCAAGUCGGUGCGAGAAGCGAAACUUUGACGCUGACACGUAUGUAGUAUAGUAGACAAUAGGACCAAAAGAAUACUGAUUAACGUUUUAGAUAAGAUUGUUAAUAAUUGUGAAGGACUAUCGGACACAUGGUGUAUAUGUGUAAUCUCGAUUGCGUAGCAGCGAGUAUCCGGGGUCUUUUUCAGGCUAGACGUGACGUUACAUUAGUAUUGAUUGCUACUUUAAAGCGAUUGUGAAUCGAGCUGCUUGUGAAUCACGAAGGGUGACUCGAGAGUAUUAGAAUAUUGAACGUCCCUCGAUUACCAAGAUACUUAAUGGGGACUGCACGCGGGUUUUUUUUUAAUGAACAACUUUUGUUUUUUUUUUUUUAGGGAAGAAUAAUGCUUUAUUAACUAAACAGACUGAAAUAAAUAUGAAUCAUUGCAGCGCAUGACAAGAUCAAUGAAUGUAAAUCGAAGUACCGGAUGCUCUCGUGCGUCAAAAGUUCAUUGCUUCCGUCGCGUAUGGAAAUAACUAAUGUCUCGAUAACAAUAGGUCGCUUCUAGAUAUGGAAAUUCUUUGAAAUUUAUUAUCUGCGUUUAAGAUAUUACUUGAAUCUCGUUAGUAUAUAAUGAAACAUGUGAUAACUCUCUAAAAGAAUCUUGAAAAAAAGGUGCACGAAAAACGGAACUUAAACGGAGCUUAAAACAGUUCCACGUGUUGCGUGAAACGUUAUACAUUUAAUAUCCGUGACAUACGAGAAUAAUUGCUACAAAAAGUGUUCCGCUUACGCUGUAUUCAAACGUUUCGCACUGUCAAUUAAAAAAACUAACACAUCGUUGUUCGCGCGCGUACGCGUUUAUAAUUAAAAUUUAGACAAUUAGCCGGGGUCUAGACUACGCGUUCUCAUACGCGAAAUAUUCAUAUGUAUGUGCCGCAGAAAAGUGCUGUAUUAAACAUUAAAUAUUUUAUCACGUCGUUGUAAACGAUCGUCGCGUUGUUUUCAUACCGAUAUACAUAUAUUAUCUACACAACAUUAAUUUCGCUCGAAAAUCGGGUGUUAUCCGAAAGUUAUUCGGAUUUUAUGCAUUAUGUCGAUACGCGGUAUUAUUUUUGUUUUUUUUUUUAUGAUAUACGUGUGCAUUGACUUUUGUUUUAAACGGUAAUCUUUCGAUUUUGCUCUUACAUCGAACAACAUUUGAACGUAGUAUAUAUCAAAAUUCAAAGUUCAUUGUUUGAAAAAACUAACUACCAGUACGGUCCACGCCGAAGUGUGCAGGCACACCUUUUGACACAUACCUUGGUAGAAAGUGAUACCGUUUUGAUACUCGACAUAAAGUUUAUAAAGUUUCUACCGCAUUUUGAUACUCGACAUUAAAGUUUCUACCAUUUUGAUAUUCGACAUAAAGUUUAUAAAAGUUUCACAGUGCGCGUAAUAUAAGACAAUAUAAUGGUGUCUGUAUGAGAAGAAAUCAAUUUUGCGAAAUUAUAAGCUUUCAUUCCGCUAAAGAAGUUUAGGAAAUUAAGGCAUUUAUUCACAAAGUUCUAAAUUUAAAGAGCUUAUAAAAAAAACUUAUUUACAAAUUUUGAUGAAUAAUCCAUCAAUAUUUAACGAAUAAAAUUGAAAAAUCUUUGUCAUUUAACAAUUUAUUGAUUUUUAUGAUAAUUAUUGAAAAAAAAAUUAAAAUUAUACUGAAUCCAGAUUGUGGUUUAUAUAGAGAUAUAUUUAUAAUGAUAACGUCGUAAUAAAUGUAUUUCGGAAAGUGAUUAUGGUAUUGUCGCGAAUGUUUAUUAAACUUUUUCAGUUAGUCUGCUUGGAAUAUACAUGAAAACUUGUUUGCCAGCCAAUGUAUGAACGUAAUUAACUAAAUGAAGGACACCUAUUUAUAGAUUAUGAAACAUUAAUUAUUAACGGCUAUUGUCUGUUGGCUCUUGCGACAAUUAUUGAGAAAUUUAUUAGCUUCAGUUGUUCAAUGAAAAAGAAUUUAUAUAUCCAAUUUUUCAUAAAAGUGUUAAUGCUGUCCAGUUUUUUGAUAUGAUCGAGUUUUCAUAGAAGAAAUGCCGAUCUGUGUGUAUAUAUAUAUCUCUCUCUCGUAUAAAAUAUGAUAAUAGUGUAUGUGUUACGAAACCGUUAAAUAGAUUUAUAUUUUGUACACUAAUUUUGUUUGAAUACAUAGCCUUAUUUUGUAUUUAUGCCUUUAGUACGCGCGUUAGCUACACAACGAAACUGUACUAUGUAUUUAUUACUUAUAUAUGAUGUCACCGUUAUAAAUAGAGAAUCUUGUUACUUUGCUGCGCCGAAAGAGUGCAGCGGUAUAGUAUACUUUUUGUUCAUUGUAACAUUAUAUGGCUACAUUAAAAUUAUUUCAAAUGAA